AUGAGACGGACGUAUAGAUCUAAGAAGGAAACUGCAGGUGCCAUAGAUCCCAGAGAUGUCUUGUUUACGAUGGACGCAAAAAGUUCUGUUUUCGAUGCAUUUUAUAUACAAAAUAUUAAACAAACUAAAAGAGAUAUGUCUGUUGGAAGCACAAUGCAGUUUGCUGCUUCAAAUAAAGUACGUAAAAGGAAAUACGUUAAGCGGCUCAAGGAACAAGAAACUUCGUAUCGUGCAAGGGAAUCAACUUCGAACUCAGCGUUUUUAACUCCGGAUAAAUCUAUCCGGGUUAAUAAAGCACCAGAUUUAUUCGAUCAGUUACUUAAUUCUUCUAAUAACACACCAGAAAAACAAACAUAUAAUAAACCAACAUUCCAGAGAAAGACUUAUAUUAAAAAGCAAAUAAGUAAGGAAAAUAUAAAUUACUCUAACAGCGAAAGCACAGAUUCUGAUAAAGAAAACACGAAUUCGAGUAGUUUAGAAGUUGACAAAACAGCUAAUUCAUCAGAUAUUAAAAGUCACAAAUUAUUGAUUGAAAAAGAAAUCAAAAAUAGUCCUGAAUAUAAUGACAAAUCCAUUAAUGACGUAGUUAAUAAUCUAUCAAUAUUUUCACAUUUGAGAAGUUCAACACAAACUCCCAGAACUAAACAAAAUUAUCUUAUGCCUUAUAAUAAAAUUACCCAAGAUUCACCUUUAUGCAGCACACCGUUUCAUGAAAAAUACAGGGGUGCAUCCAUUUAUAGAUUUUCACCUAUAUCUAUAAACUUAGCUGACAGCCCUAAAGAAAAAACUGCCAUUAUAAAUAACGAAAAACAUAUAGAUUUAUCUUACAAAGAGGAAAAUAAUGAUAUUGAAAAAGAAACACAGGCUGCAGAUAUAGAAAAUCCAGAACCUAGCUUUCAUCAAGAUAAUAUUAAUGAGAAUUUUCAUACCAAAACAAAUACUAUAAAUGAAUCCCAGUAUAAAAGUAUAUAUCCAACAGAUAAUCAAUCACCAAUUUUAUCAAAUCCGACAAUAACUAAGAGAAAUCAAAUUAAAACUAUAAAAAAUUCAUUAACUUUCCAAACAACGGAAAUUGAAUCAUUCCACGGUUUCGAUGACAACGACAUACAUUGUAACGAUUUGGAUGCUAUCCGUGAAAAAUAUAAGGAGAUGGAAAAUAUUUUAACGAAAGAUGAUUCAUAUAAUGAAACAUCUGAAACAUUACAUGAAGAUGAUAUUAGUGAUGACGUUUCCAGGAAUUCUUAUUCCGAUGAAAGUUAUAUUUCCGGUUCAGAAUCAAAUUAUGAUACUUGCAAUAGCGAAGAUGAUUCCGGUGAAUUCAAACGACUAAGUGAACCUGUAGUUGUUAUCGAAAGACUGAAUGAUUCCAUAUUUAACAAAUAUUAUGAAUUAAUGCCGAAACCAGAACUUAAUUCAGAUUAUAAUACCGAUUACAGCGAUAGUUAUAAUUCUAAUAUUACAGACUCUUUAAGUGUAUCUGACAAUUGUGAUGAUAUAGAUUUAGUUAAUAAUGUACCUGUAACUAGCGUUAAUACAUCAGAUUGUUCGAAUACAUGUAAUGAUAAGAUGGACGAAGAGGCUUGUGUUAGUUUUGUAACAACGAGACGAAGAAUUCUACCAAACGAUUCAAUUAUUUUAGAUGUAGAUAGUUCAAUUGCUGAUUCAAGCGCUGAUGCUGAAAAGACUGUACUUAGAAAGAGUGAUGAUAGUAAUUUACAAUUAAAAUCUGAACAUAUAGAAAAUAUAUUAGAUAAUAAAGAAAUAGAUCGAGAUGGUGCUAAUAGUUCUAAAUCAGAAUUACAUGAAGAAGAUGUGGAUCAAAUAAAAACAUUGCCGGAACUUCCAAGAAUGGUCACUAGAAAGAGUGCUCGGAUGAUUCUCAAUACAGAGAGAAACUCCAUUAAUUGCUCAAGAAAUUCAACAAUUGAUUCAAAUAUAAAGAAUAUAAGAGACUCAGAAACAAAUAUGCUUAAUAUAUCCAAAGAAAAACCAUGCAUAGUACUACAGCCAGGGAAGAGAUGGGAAAGAUCAUUAAGUAUAUACAGAAGAAUGACAACAGUAGAAAACUUCGACAAAACUAUAUUAGAUGAAGAACAGUUGCAGAAUAAAGGCAGGAAAUACAGGCAGAGUGUUAUAACUACCAUGGAAUUACAGGAAAAGGGAUUUUUGGGCGAAGACUGUGAUGAUACGAUUGUUGAGUUAUCAAAACUGUCGAUUGCCGAUUCGGAACACGAGGUCACUCUCAUAGAAAAGUUUCAUGAUACUUCUAAUCGUAUAACGUCUGCUCGCGAUUACGUCUUACGACGGUGCAACCAGACAGAUGUGUUACUCUUCGACGAAUGCUAUCCCGAUCCGCUAUUGAAGAACUGCCGUAAGAUCGGUGAAGGUGUUUAUGGGGAAGUUUUUCUGUGGCGAGCUGGCGACGGAAGGGCUCGUGUCUUAAAGGUUAUACCAAUAGCUGGGGACAUUAAAGUCAAUGGGGAGGAACAGAAGGGCUUCCAUGAAAUACUCUCGGAGAUUGUGAUUGCUAUGGAAUUGAGCGCACUACGCGCUCCAAUAGCAGACAUAACGAAUCAUUUAAAUGAAGGCAAGAGCUUGGAAACAUUGGAUUUACAUACGGUAGAAAAUGCUACAGAUGUUUUUAAUGAGGUGCUAUCAGUUCGUUGUGUGACCGGUGGCUAUCCAUCCAGGCUCCUCGAUCUCUGGGAGCUGUAUGACGAGUGCAAGGGCUCGGAGAACGACAACCCAGCUGUACUGCCUCCCGAGCAGCAGUUCAUUGUGCUCGAGCUGGCCAACGCUGGCCAAGACUUGGAAAGCUAUCAGUUUGUGAACGCUGAACAGGCUUAUGCACUGUUCAAACAGAUUGCGUUUGGUCUAGCCGUAGCGGAGGAGGCAUUUCAGUUUGAACAUCGUGAUCUUCACUGGGGUAACGUGUUAAUCGCACCAACAGAUCAAAAGAGUUCGUGUUUCGUAGUCCGCGGUCGAGCCUUCACCCUCCCCACUUCUGGAGUGAAGGCCUCAAUCAUCGACUACUCCCUCUCGCGGGCCUCCGUGGGCCGUGGAGCCCUAUACGCGGACCUCGCUCAGGACGAGGCCUUGUUCGAAGCCCUAGGAGACUAUCAGUUCACCGUGUAUAGACUCAUGAGGGACAAGCUUGGUAAUGAUUGGAAGAAUUUCGAGCCAUACACAAAUAUACUGUGGCUGCAUUACACUUUGGAUAAAAUGAUAACGGCCCUACGUUACACGAGGACGAACACUAAGAUACAUAAACACUACAUAGCUAAGUUGAAGGAAGUCAAGAAUAGAAUCUUGGACUACGGUAGCGCCGUUCAGUUUGUACUCACUGACAACGAAAUAUAA